AUGACCAACCAAGUUACCCUCCCUCUGGGCACUCCAGUCCCAUCCAGAAAGCAUGCAGUAUCCGUUCAACUUCCGAAAUGGAAAGAUAUGGUGGGCCUGGGCAAUGCCGAUGCGCAGACGCUCGAUGCAUUGAAAAAUGGAUAUCCCAGGUCUAUCCUUCACGUCGAUGUUCAAACUUUGGCUCAGAGAUGCAAACUCAAGUUUCUUUCUCCGGGAAAAUUCGAUAUUUCACUGUUCCCUGAUCGAGCGAGCGCCGAAGCGUGUCUAUCCUACAUUACUUCCACCGCCCUCCAUGAUGACGAGGUUGUACCUCUCGAGUCGCUUGUUAAGUUUAUCAUUCGAUUCAAUCGCUGUUUGGAGCCCAACUGCUACUGCCACAAUUCGCAGCUCGCGCCGUUAUGGGCAGUUGUAUACCCCGAAUCAGUCAAGACUUUCGCUGCUUCGUUUUGGCGACUGACCGGCACGGGAAUUUCGUCACGCCUAGCCCAGACAUAUCUCUUACAUGUGCAGUUUGAAUCACGGGUGGAGCUUUCUGAAGAUAUUUUCGGGCCUGCUCAAUCACCUUGCCAUCCAGUCUAUCACACCCUUCGUCAGCGCAUUGCCAAUCUCUUGGAAAGAGCGACGAUUAUUCCGCACCAGGCAGUGCGGGUUACUUCCUCGGAUGUGUUUCUUUUCCCGUCUGGAAUGUCUGCAAUUUACCAUGUCCAUCACAUGCUUUUACAGUGGCGUGGCUCCGGGAGUAUGAUGGUAGGAUUCCCUUAUGAGCUGACACUGAAGAUGCUAGAGACAUAUGGGCCCUCUUGUAAGUUCUUCAGUGCCGGAUCAAGCGAAGACAUGGAUACAUUGGAGCAAUACCUGAGCCAUCUACCAUCUUAUGGGACAAGGAAGCCCAACAUGCAGGCGAUCUGGUGUGAAUGUCCGUCAAAUCCAUUGUUAUAUACUCCGGACCUACGGCGGAUUCGCCGAAUCGCAGAUCGGAAUAACUUAGCGGUUAUAGUCGACGACACAAUUGGUAGCUUCGCUAAUGUCGAUUUGCUGGGUAUUGCGGAUAUUGUGGUUACGUCUCUCACGAAAUCUUUCAAUGGAUAUGCCGACGUCCUGGCUGGUAGUGCCACGUUGAAUCCAAACUCCCACUUUUACAAUGAACUGAAGGCACUUCUAAAUGCCAUUUACACAAACACACUAUAUAUUGAGGACGCAAUGCAACUGGAAAUAAACAGUCGAAGCUUCAUGAAACGUGCAGCCAUUAUGAACGAAACAGCGGAGUACUUGGUCGAUCAUCUUCUCUUGCUUGUGCCUGAACGUUCAAGGAGCAAUCCUUGUGCUGCGAGCGUUUCUUCGGCUGGAGACGACAUAGUGAGUGCGGUGUAUUAUCCAAAGGGAAGCCCCUCGAUGAAUCACUACACGCAGCAGAUGCGGCGGCCAACCGACGAGUUUCGCCCAGGAUACGGGUGCCUCUUCACUAUCGAAUUUAAAACAGUGGAAGCUGCGGCCACGUUCUUUGACCACCUGGAUGUCCACAAAGGUCCAUCUUUGGGCGCAAAUGUAACACUGGCCCAACCGUACGUACAAAUGGUGCUACAACGCCAGAAGGACUGGGCGGCAAGCCAUGGUUUACGGGAGACAAUCGUGCGAAUUUCGGUUGGAUUGGAGGAUAAGAAAGAACUGCUUGGUCGACUACAACAUGCUCUUUCGAUGGCUAGCAGGUCACAGAAAGGCUUGGUGAUGACCCAAAUAACGUGA